AGAUAAUUCAGUUGGUAACAAUAAAUUGAUACAAAUUAAUUACAUUUAGAUAAUAUUAAUUAUAACAACGGAACGAUGAACGUUAACAAUCAAAUGUGUAAACCAAGCAUUUUGAAAUAGCCGGUGUAUGACCAAUUAAUUAUUAAACAUCAUAUUCGAUAUCCUCAUGGCGGACAAAAAAAUAAAUUUCGAUGAUGAUUCUGCAGUCUCGGUCGAGUUAUUUUCGAUACAAAAAGUUAUAACCAUCAGAUGAGGCGUCUCUCCACUUCUCCCUUCUUCCUUUAUUCGAUAUAAGAGUUUUGAAGUUUGAAUUGUCUUUCGCUUGCCAGAAGUAAAUAUGGCAUCGAAUAGCACCAAGAAUUUGAAAAGAAAAUUUUUGCAGCACAGUGAUUCCGAUGAAGAUGAAACGAAAAACGGUGUAAGCUCCAAACAGAGAACAGAUGCUCCUCGUUUGUGUCCUUACCUUGAUACAAUAAAUCGACAAUUCUUAGAUUUCGAUUUUGAAAAGCUGUGCUCCGUCUCCCUUUCAAGAAUCAAUGUUUAUGCCUGUCUUGUUUGCGGCAAGUAUUUCCAAGGAAGAGGAACAAAUACUCAUGCUUAUACACACAGUGUAGCGGAGAGUCAUCAUGUUUUUCUCAAUCUUCAUACACUCAAAUUUUAUUGUCUGCCUGACAACUAUGAAAUAGUUGAUUCAUCUCUGGACGAUAUCAAGUAUGUACUCAAUCCAACCUUUGGGAAAACCCAAAUCAUGCAAUUGGAUCGAAUCGCUAAGCGUUCUCGAGCGAUUGAUGGAUCUAUGUAUUCUCCUGGUAUUGUAGGAAUGAACAAUAUCAAAGCAAACGAUUAUUGUAAUGUUAUUUUACAGGCUCUUUCUCACGUGACCCCUUUGCGGGACUUCUUUUUGAGAGAAUCGAAUUACAAUCAGGUUAAAAGGCCACCUGGUGAUUCUUCUUAUCUUUUGGUACAAAGAUUUGGCGAGCUCAUGAGAAAAUUGUGGAAUCCACGAAACUUCAAAGCACACGUCAGUCCUCAUGAAAUGUUACAGGCUGUUGUUUUGUGGAGUAAAAAAAGAUUUCAGUUUACGGAACAGGGCGAUCCCGUGGACUUCUUAUCAUGGUUCCUCAAUGCCUUGCAUUUGGCUCUGAAUGGUAGUAAAAAGAAGGAUUCUAGUAUUAUUUACAAAACAUUCUUGGGACACAUGAGAAUAUAUACACGGAAAAUUCCACCUUUGGAGCUUGAGGAAAGUCAGCGUAGUGAAUUGCUCAACACUGUUGAAUAUGGUGAAACAGUUACCGAAAGUCCAUUCCUGUAUUUGACCUGCGAUCUUCCACCGCCUCCGCUAUUCAAAGACCAAUUCACUGAGAACAUUAUUCCUCAGGUCAACUUGUAUACUCUUCUGAACAAGUUCAAUGCUGUAGCUGAAAAAGAGUACAAAACUUAUAAGGAAAAUUUCAUGAAACGAUUCGAAAUAACCGAAUUACCGCCUUACCUCAUAUUGUACAUAAAGCGUUUCACGAAAAACACCUUUUUUGUUGAGAAAAAUCCGACAAUUGUAAAUUUCCCGAUCAAAAAUGUCGAUUUUGGGGAUAUUCUGACACCCGAGGUAAAAGCUCGGCAUCCGUUUACAACGUAUGAUUUGGUAGCAAACAUUGUUCACGACGGAGAACCCGGCCAAGGAACUUACAGAGUUCAUAUUCUGCAUAGGGCAACAGGACAGUGGUAUGAAUUGCAAGAUUUGCACGUAACACAAAUUCUACCUCAAAUGAUAACUCUGACAGAGGCGUAUAUUCAGAUAUACGAAUUGCGAAAAGAAGACAGCACUGAAAACGGUGAUGGGACGAUAAAACAUUCGACGCAGUAGUAAAUAACAUGUACCAAAUUGUGUAAAAAUAUAUACAUUUUAUAUGUUCCAUAUCUAUGAACAGUUCAACGAAGUAUGAAAAUCCCUAAGUUUAUUGCCUCGUAUUAUUUUUUUUUUACUAAUUCAUGAUUUUUCACAUAUGAAAGAAAUUUAUCCCAACACUUGUGGAGACCUUAAUUUUAGCUGAAUAUAUUUGCUUAUUUUUUAAUUUAUCAUUCAGAUUUGUAAUCAGUGCCUUUCAAAAACUUAGGCAUGCUAAAUUUGAAGAAAACUGUACAUGGUAGUAACCGAUACAAAUUAACACAGUUAUUCCAGGAGCAAUGUAAUAGAAUGGUUUUCAGAAGUUGAUAAAACGUUUGAGCAUCAAAUGUGUAUUUUUCAUACGAUUCGAACUGGUAGUCAUUUUGCUAAUACAUCGAUUUUUUCAACUUGGAA